ACGGUUAGUUUCCUUCCUCACACGACACAACCAUCUCUCGUCUUCCCCCACCCCCAUUCCAUCGUCGCGCACACCUUCGCUUCCCCCGGAAUUGGUUGAGUCUCCACUGAACUCGAGACUUCAAAGUUCAAAACCUCCCCUCGCCUCUGUAAUGCAUAUACUCCAAACGGGGUGAGACAGAGAAUCGUCGAUGCGAAAGAAAUUCUGAAACCGGAACUUCGAUUUGGGAAAUUGAAUUGAAUGGUUUAGCUGUGCAAAAAUUUUCAGACAGUGAUGCAAGAACAUAAGCAGCUCAAAGUUACAGAGAAGUCCAAUUCUUCGAUGGAGACGGUUAAGGACGCUACCGCUCCUCCUCCACCUCCUCUUCCGCCUCCGCCACCCACUCCUUCUCAUCAACGUCGGCCUAGGGUUAGGGAGGUGAGUUCUAGAUUUAUGUCUCCGGCGGUAUCAUCUGUACAGAGGCGGUCGAGGCAUCAGCAAUUAGAAGUAGAUCCCUUGAGCACCGCCGAUGAGAACCGACUUGUAGAAAAUUCGGAAACUCCAUUUCCUUUUGGAUCUCAGUGUAAAUCAAAUGUAGUAAAUACGACCACCACUAUACAGAGAAAACAACGAGCCGUGAAACUCUUCAAGGAGAAUGGUGGAGGAGGAAGAGUUGAACAGCAACCUCCUCACCCUUCAAAGUCCUGUUCUGGGAGAAUCGGUAAUGGUUUUACCUCACCCUACUUAAGACCUGACACUCCAACACUAACGGUAUCCUCAAGAUACAGACUCACUCCACAUCAACGCUCUGCUAGUAUGAAUGCCACAGCCGCUGCAAAACUAUUGCAAGCAAGUGGCAUGUCAGCAGGAAGUCAAUCUUCCACUGCAAAUUCAUUUAAGGGCAACGUUGGUUCGCCCCAUAAAGAAACCAAUUCGAUGUCUGGGGAUACUUCUUCGGUAUGCUCUGAUGACGAAAAUCAUAGCAACUCGGAGGUCAACUGCAGCAUACAGUCACUUCCAGAAUUUCGGUCGUCUGUGCUUGAGGGAGACAUGUUGCCUACUGCGCCUGCCAGAUCAGUGGAUGAGAAAACUGGCAAUAAGGGUACUGUAAGAAGUAGUGGAGACAAUUUGAAAUACCCCACAACACCUUUCUCUCGUUCCCUUAACAUGUCUUUAUCAGGCAGUGAGCAUUUACUAAAUCAUUCCGUAAGGGGGAGUGAGAAGCAAGUUACUUCUCUUGUCAAGCAUUAUACAAAUUCUGCAAAAGUUGGAGGUUUUUGCUUGCCCCCAGUAGCUCCGUGUCCAAAACCGGGAACAGAUACAAAGAAAGGUAAAAAAGGUUCCAGUCAUCAGGAAGAAGUGCAUAGCCUGAGAUUGCUAUAUAAUCGUCAUCUGCAAUGGAGAUAUGCCAAUGCAAAAGCAGAAUCCUCAAUGGAAGCUCAGCAAAGAGAAAGUGAGAAAGCACUUUAUUCUCUAGCAUUGAAAAUAUCAGAGUUUCGUGAUUCCGUGAACUUGAAACGCUUAGAAGUGCAGCUUUUGCAGAGAGCAAAGACUUUGUUAACACUUCUUGAACCUCAAAUCCCUUAUUUGGAUGAGUGGUCCACUUUAGAAGAAGGGUAUUCUGUCUCCUUGACUGAGGCAACUGAGGCAUUGUUGAAUGCCUCAGUGCAACUUCCUGUAGGUGGGAAUGUGAAGGCUGAUGCAAGAGAGGUGGCGGAGGCGAUAAACUCAGCCAUGAAGUUGAUGGAAUCAAUUGUUUUCCAUGUCCAAAGAUUUAUGUCAAAGGUUGAAGAAACAGAUAUGUCUAUUUCAGAAUUAGCCAGGAUUGUUGGCGGAGAAAGAGCUCUUAUUGGAGAAUGUGGAAGUUCAUUGGCAAGAGCAUACAAAUCACAGGUGGAAGAGUGCAGUUUGAGGAGCCAGCUUAUGCAAAUCCAUUCAUUCGGCGACAAAGCUAAAACUGUAGAAUUAUAAGCACGAGAUAUUUUCAUUCUUGGUCCAUGCCGUGGUUGUCCUUACUUGUUCAUUAUGAUAUCCCACGAGGCAAAGUAGUCACAGCUGAAUUGUAGUCUCUGGAUAUACUUGAUGCUGACUUGUUCACAGUUGAAGAGAUGGAAUCAACAGUACAAGAAGCCCUAUAGAAGGUCUAUUUCUCUUUUUAUUGGAUUGGAGAUGAUACAUUCACUCAUUUGUGGAUAAGUGAGUUAAAAAUCAAAGUUUGAACGAGUCUGAGUAACAUUGUGUGCUUAUAGUUGUAAUUCAUGUGCAGAGAGCUCAGUCAAUGGCCAUCUCUUUCAUAAUCUCACUUAUCGGAUGGCAAUAAAAGUGAAAUGACAUGUAUACAAAUUUUGUCAUUGAUUCAAUUGGAAUCUACUUUGAUUUUAUUCUUUUA